AUGGCCGCCGGGAAGUUACUGCUCUACGCCGGGCUCUCUCUGUCUCUCUGCGCCCUGGGCAUGCUGGCCGUGGCGAUGUGCUCCGACCACUGGUACGAGACCGACGCGAGGAGGUACAGGGACCGGUGCCGGAGCUUUUCCAGCCGCCGCAAGGACCCGGGCUUCAUCUACAUCCCCAACAACAGCCUGCCGCUGCGGGCCAGCCGGAGCAGCCUGCCCCGCUGGGAGGAGAAGCUGCUGCUGGCCCGGAACCGGCGGCAGCUGUUCGCCAUGAGCGCCGCGGAUGAGUGCAGCAGGCAGUAUAACUCAACCAACAUGGGGCUGUGGAGGAAAUGCCAUCGGCUGGACUUCGAUCAGGAAAUCGAAGCCCUCGUCCAGAAAGGUUCCAUCGCAAGGUGCUCCUACAUUAAGUAUCACUACUCCUCGGCUACGAUACCCAAAAACCUCUCCUACAACAUCACCAAGACAAUAAGGCAGGACGAGUGGCACUCCCUUCACUUGCGGCGAAUGACGGCAGGUUUCAUGGGCAUGGCGGUGGCCAUCAUCCUGUUCGGUUGGAUCAUUGGCGUGCUCGGCUGCUGCUGGGACAGAGGCCUCAUGCAAUAUGUGGCCGGCCUCCUCUUCCUCAUGGGAGGAACCUUCUGCAUUAUCUCUCUCUGCACCUGUGUUGCCGGCAUCAACUUCGAGCUUUCCCGUGUCCCGCGGUACCUGUAUGGCCUGCCUGAUGACAUCGGCCACGGCUACGGCUGGUCCAUGUUCUGCGCCUGGGGAGGCCUCGGCCUCACCCUUAUCGCCGGCUUCUUCUGCACCCUGGCUCCCUCCGUUCAGCCGAUACCCCGAUCCACCUGCCCCAAGUCCAGACAGGAGAAUGGCACCGUCUGCUAA